UCCAGUAAGCAAAUCUCCCUCCCACCCUCACCUCCUGAAUCCCGAUCCCCUCCUGGAUCUCGCCGUGCGUUCGAAGGCAAGCGCGGCCACGAUGCCCGCCGCGGCCGCUUCCGGCGGCGGCGUGGCCGACGCCGAGGAUCUGUUCCGCACCAAGCGCAUCGCGGAGAUCCGCGCGGCGGAGAGCGCCACCCGCCGCGAGAUCUCCGCCAAGGAGGAGGAGCUCCGGCAGCUCGUCGGCCGAAGCUACCGCGACCUCCUCGACUCCGCCGACUCCAUCCUCCUCAUCAAGCAGUCCUCCGACUCCAUAUCCGACAACCUCUCCCGCGUCUCCGAGUCCCUCUCGUCGCUCUCGCCGCCCCCCGAGGCCCCAAGUGCCAGCGCCAACGCCGCCUCGCCCUCCCCGUCCGGCGGGCGCGCGCGGCUAUACGCCGCCGCGGCACGGGCCAAGUACCUGGUCGACACGCCCGAGCACAUCUGGGGGCGGCUCGACGAGGGUAUGCUCUUGGAGGCCGCGGGGCGGUACAUGCGAGCGCAGGUCGUGCACCGCUUGCUCUCUCGCGACGCCGCGGCGGCAGCGCGGUUCCCGCUGCUCGCGCACCAGGCGCAGCUAGUGGAGGCGUUCCGGCCCCAGAUCGCGCAGCGCGCGCGCGAACGCCUCGCCGACCGCCGCCUUCCUGUAGCCGCCCACGCGGACGCGCUCGCAGCUGCAGCCGCAAUCGAUGCGCCUUCGCUCGCCCCGUCCCAGGCGCUCCUCCUCCUGCUCUCCUCCCGCCGCACCUGGAUCUCCCAAGCUCUAGCCGCGCUAGCCUCGGAUCCCUCCUCCUACACCUCCGUGCUCUGCGAUGUCGCGCGGAUCGUUCGGGUCACCCUGGGCCAUGUCGGGCAAUUAUUUGUGCCUGCACUCACCGACUUGCCGCUGUUCUACAAGACAGUGCUUGAGUCGCCUCCUCCUGCUCAACUGUUCGGUGGCAUUCCAGACCCUGACGAGGAGACACGAUUGUGGAGAGAACACUGGGAUCGGCUUGAGGCUACCAUGGUGCUACUUGAGACAGAGGCCGUGGCGCGGACCUGUACAGAUUGGCUUAAGGAAUGUUGUGAUGAAAUCUUUGGUGUGAUUGCUGGUGCUCAAAGACUAGUUGAUGCCAUUGAGAGUGGGGAGGGUCUUGGCUCGGUGCAAAAGCUCAUGCGUGAGGCACUAGAUGAGAGGAAAGGACUGGAAGGGAGUUUGGAGCAGUGGCUUAAGAGUGUAUUUGGAUCAGAGAUUGAGUCACCAUGGGAUCAAAUCCGUGGGUUAAUCUUAAAGGAAGGGAAGGAUAUUUUUGAGGACUGGGUGGAGGAAGCAUUUGUGCGACGGAUGAAAGACAUUGUGCAUUCUGAAUUUGAUAGCUUGGGUGGCAGUGUUAAUGUGAUGGAAUCGAUGGAGGCUAUUGGUGCCAAUGCUGAUCCAAAGGAUGCUGGUGAUUUCCUGUUGUAUAUGCGGAAAGCGUCGACUGGUGGCAGCGUAUGGUUCUCAGAAUCUAAGAUCAAGAAAGGUGGAAUUUUGGCACACCUGAAACCGAUUGCUGAUGAGAAUGACUUCCAUAGCUGCCUAACAUCAUAUUUUGGCCCAGAAGUUAGUCGUAUCAAGAAUGCAAUUGACAACAAAUGCAAGAGUAUUCUGGAGGACCUGUUAAGCUUUGUUGAGUCACACAAUUCAGUGCCCAGAUUGAAGGAAUUAGUGCCAUACCUCCAGGAGAAAUGCUAUAGGACCAUCUCAGAAAUACUGAACAAAUUAGAAGCAGAGCUCGGAAAGCUCUCUGCUUCAUUGGGAACCCAAAGGAAGGAUAACAGCAUACCUGCCGCACCCAUUAUUGUGGAGAGGUCCCUCUUCAUUGGCCGCCUCUUGUUUGCGUUGCGAUAUCAUUCAAGUCAUGUACCCCUGAUACUAAGCUCCCCAAGGCAGUGGCUAAAGGAUUCUGGUGGUGCAGCAUUUGCCAGGUUAUCAUCACCCACGCCAAGACAUUCAAGAACAUCUUUUGAUUCUUCAAUGCCUUUUGCCCCCAGGAGGCACACAUUAGACAGCCCUAGCAGUCCUGGAAGGCAAUUUUCUGACAGCCCCAGAAGACCUAUCGCUUCUGCUGCUGCUUCCUUGUUUGGUGCUGAUGAUAGCUCCAAUCCCAGACUUGAUGAACUCAAUAAGACUUUAAAGGCACUAUGCAUUACAGCUCACACUUUGUGGAUAACAUGGGUGUCUACUGAAUUAUCAGACCUUCUUUCAUACGCUCUUAAUAGUGAUGAUUCAUUAUCCUCAUCAACUGCUUUAAGGGGAUGGGAAGUUACAGUCAUCAAGCAAGAGCAACCCACCGACGGCCCCUUGGAGAUGCAAAUAGCUCUCCCAUCAAUGCCUUCGCUAUACAUUAUAUCAUUUCUUUACCAAGCAUGUCUGGAGAUUCAUAAAAUUGGAGGGCACGUCCUGGACAAAAUUAUAUUGCAUAACUUUGCGUGGGACUUACUACAGAAGGUUAUCAAAAUCUACAAAAACUUUUUGGUCUCUAUCGAGUUAGGCAACUCACAGGUUUCAGAAAAAGGAGUUCUGCAAAUACUGCUAGAUUUGCGUUUCAUUGGUGAUGUACUAUCAGGAGGCAAAAAUUCUUCCUCCAACCCUUCUGAAACACAGAUAAAACAGGACUCUUCACCAAGCACCAUGGCUAAGACUUCCUUCAGGAGAAAACAAUCACAAUUCCAGGCAGAUUCAGCUACCAUAGAGCAAACAAAUAAGUUGAUCGAUCAAUUUUCACAGAGACUGGAUCCAAUAGACUGGGCUACGUACGAAUCUUACUUGUGGGAGAAUGAGAAGCAGUCUUACAAGCGUUGCGUUGUUCUUUUCGGUUUCCUUGUUCAACUGAAUCACAUGUAUACUGGGACAGUACAAAAGUUACCAACAAAAUCAAAUACAGAUUCAAAUAUUAUGAGGUGCUCUCAGAUUCCAAGAUUCAAGUACCUACCAAUCAGUGCCCCAGCUCUAUCAUCAAGAACACCCAAAUCAUCACUACAGUCACCAUCUGAUGAUUCAACAUCUCGAAGCCCUUGGAAAUCAUAUUCAAAUGGAGAAAGAUCUACUUCAUCAGAAUAUGAUAACGAUGCAAGUCUUGGAAGUGCUGCUCCAUUGCUCAAAUCGUUUGUUACUCAGGUUGGGAGCAAAUUUGGGGAGAACACAUCGAGAUGGGGGUCCAUGCUCUCUGAUGGCCAAGUUGGUAAGCUCAGUGACAUUCUUCCUGGACCAGCAGCUGGGUUCUUCUCAUCUUUCACAUCUGGGGUCCGAUAUGAUUCAUAGUCAAAGUACCGUUAAGGCUUUAACCUUAAGCCUUCAAUCGAUAACCUCUAUACAUCAAACGGAAAUGCAUGUGUCACCAAGGUAACAGCAGCACUCCAGAUCGGUGAGAUUGGUCACUGGUAAUCUCUUGCUUACAGAGUGAUGCCAGGUAGUUGGCGCUGCAAUGCUCAGCACUUCCUACCAUGCCUCUUGCAUUUUUAUUUGAACGGUGGGCACUUGAGGAUAAGCUCAAGCAGAUCUGAUGGUGCUCGAGAUAUGCUCAUCUAUAGUCAAUUGAAAUCGAAGAAGUGGCGAUACUAGGAAAUCAGAUGUUUUUGAACGUGUUUACAAGGUAUUUAGGAGAAAGCAAGUGCAACUUGAUGCUGAUAUUAGUUCACUUUUUGGGGGUGAUCUGGAUCACACUGGCCUCUUGAAUUCCUGAAAAGAAUUUUGGAGUCCACUCUUUCUUUUUUCUUUCUUUGGUUCGGUGGUUCUGCAGGGUGUUACGUUCGAACAGUGCUGAAGCUGCAGCGGUUGUGGUAUCCAAAGCGUGGUAAGUUUUGAUGUGUAGUUGUGUACACUGCAAAUAGCAAUAAAGCGUGUAUUUAUUUUCCCCUUGAAACUACAGCAUGGCCGUUCUUUCUAUGUACUGUACAAUUUUAUGCCUUUGUACAAUCUUUUCCUUGCCUCGUGUGGCCUUUCUUUCUCUCUACAA